CUCCAAAGAGUAUCGUUCUAUAGUCACAAGGGAAGUGGUAGAGCAAUGAGCUCAUACGUGAGCGUAUUAGUUCUGGGAAUCGUCCUUUUACUUCUGCCCACGGAAGGGCGUCAUCGUCAACCUGUGCGUAGUAAUUGUGCUGAUUCAUUUAAUGCUGAGGACAUUUGUGAAAUGCGCCCCAGAACAGGCUCCUGUCGGGUGGCUAGGAUCAAGAUGUACUACAAUCAUACUCUAAACCAAUGCCGAAGAUUUAUAUAUGGUGGCUGCAAGCACGGACCCGGUCCGUUUAACAUGUUCGAUUCUUGCCGGGAAUGUCAGUUCCGUUGUGCUGACAAGGGAACUACGUGCGUUCAAAACAGACCCGAAAGAUGCAGGCACACGUUUCCCACCCGCUCAACACUUUUGGACCAUCGUUCAUACGAAUAUCGAAGCGAAAGAAGCUUCUCAUCCCUGCGAUUGACGCAUGCAGCAAAACGCGUUAGGAUCGCCGCGCAUUCUACCGGGCCAAGGAAAACAGAGGAGGUUCGGUGCAAGUUUUUGCAUCGAUCUACAAAAAAUGACGCGAUGCCAAGAUGAAGCGCACGGGAAUUUCAUUACUGGGCAGUGAUAAU